CUCAGUUGUCAGUUGUCAAUAUUAAACUGAUCUUUGAGUUCGUAUUUUACUGCUACGUAACGCGUAUUUCGUUAAUUAGAAAAUUAUAAGUGAAAUCAAAAUAGUAUGAUUAUUAUAUUCUCACGUAUCUAGAUUACGAUUGACCAUGUCUGAUUCAGAAGCCAGUAAUUACUCAGGAAGUGGUUCUGAGGCUGGUAGCGUAGUCUCUAAUAGAUCUCGAAGAAGCGCCGUAUCCAAUCAUUCGGCGAGAUCGCGCUCUGUUUCUCGUUCGCGGUCCCGUUCUCGAUCUCAAUCGGGAAGCCGCAGUCCAUCACGGAGUCCUUCCAGGUCCCGUUCGAGAUCUCGAUCGAGGUCAAGGAGCCGUUCUGCCGGUUCAGGAGCCAGUCAAAACAAGGACGAUGAAGCCAAAGAAGCAUCUGGUGAUGAAGAAGUAGAGGAUGAACAAGAGCCAGAAGGUGAGGAUCUUGUGGACUCAGAAGAGUAUGAUGAGGAUGAAGAUGAGGAAAGACGUAGGAAGAAACGCAAGAAAGACAGCAGAUAUGGAGGCUUUAUUAUUGAUGAGGCUGAGGUGGAUGAUGAGGUGGAUGAAGAUGAUGAAUGGGAAGAAGGUGCACAAGAAAUGGGUAUUGUGGGUAAUGAAGUGGAUGAAAUUGGGCCAACAGCUAGAGAAAUCGAAGGUCGCCGCAGAGGCACAAAUCUAUGGGAUUCGCAAAAGGAGGAAGAAAUUGAAGAAUAUCUGAGAAACAAAUAUGCUGAUGAGUCCGCAGCACUACGACACUUUGGAGAGGGUGGAGAGGAAAUGUCAGAUGAGAUUACUCAACAAACAUUACUUCCUGGUAUAAAAGAUCCUAAUUUAUGGAUGGUCAAAUGUCGAAUUGGUGAAGAAAAAGCAACAGUACUUUUAUUGAUGAGAAAAUUUAUCACUUAUCAAUACUCCGAACAACCAUUCCAGAUUAAAUCUAUUGUUGCACCAGAGGGUGUAAAAGGUUAUAUAUAUGUAGAAGCAUAUAAACAAACUCAUGUAAAAGCUAUAAUUGAAAAUGUAGGUAAUUUGAAGCCAGGUAUGUGGAAACAGGAGAUGGUUCCUAUAAAGGAAAUGACUGAUGUUUUGAGAGUCGUCAAGGAGCAAUCGGGCCUGAAACCAAAGCAGUGGGUUAGGUUAAAAAGAGGUCUUUAUAAAGAUGAUAUAGCUCAAGUAGAUUAUGUAGAUUUAGCCCAAAAUCAAGUUCAUCUUAAACUUUUGCCAAGAAUUGACUACACUAGAUUGCGAGGCGCCCUAAGAACAGUUCAAAGCGAAAAUGAAGCAGCAAAGAGGAAAAAGAAACGGAGACCAGCUGCCAAACCCUUUGAUCCUGAAGCUAUUCGAGCGAUAGGUGGUGAAGUUACAUCUGAUGGCGACUUCCUCAUAUUUGAAGGCAAUAGAUAUUCUAGAAAAGGGUUUCUUUAUAAAAACUUUACAAUGUCGGCAAUUCUUGCAGAGGGGGUCAAACCCACAUUAACAGAAUUGGAAAGAUUCGAAGAACAGCCGGAAGGCAUUGAUAUUGAACUUGCCGCACCAGCUAAAGAUGACCCUACCAGCUUACACUCUUUCUCAAUGGGGGACAACGUGGAAGUGUGUACAGGCGAUCUCGCAAACUUGCAAGCUAAAAUCAUCGCGAUUGAUGGUUCCAUGAUAACAGUUAUGCCAAAGCAUGAUAUUUUAAAAGAUGCCUUAGUAUUUAAGCCUAAUGAAUUAAGAAAAUAUUUUAAACAGGGUGAUCAUGUUAAGGUCUUGGCUGGGAGGUACGAGGGCGAUACUGGUUUGAUUGUUAGAGUGGAGCCGCAGAGAGUCGUUCUGGUAUCAGAUCUAACGAUGCACGAACUUGAAGUCUUGCCCCGCGAUCUUCAGCUCUGUUCCGAUAUGGCGACAGGUGUAGAUUCGCUAGGACAGUUCCAAUGGGGUGAUAUUGUCCAAUUGGAUCCGCAGACUGUUGGUGUAAUUGUUCGCUUGGAGAAAGAAAACUUUCACGUUCUGGGCAUGCAAGGUAAAGUAAUCGAAUGCAAGCCUCAAGCAUUGCAGAAACGACGAGAAAACAGAUUCACGAUGGCACUCGAUUCUGAACACAAUUCAAUACAAAAGAAGGACAUAGUGAAAGUAAUCGACGGUCCGCACGCCGGUCGGGAUGGAGAAAUCAAGCACUUGUACAGGAAUUUCGCAUUUUUGCAAUCGCGAAUGUAUCUGGAUAACGGUGGGAUAUUUGUUUGCAAAACACGGCAUUUGCAGUUAGCCGGUGGGGCGAAGAAUAAUGCUACUACAAAUGGGCUCGCGUUGGGAUUUAUGUCGCCGCGUAUUCAGUCGCCUAUGCAUCCGUCUGGGCGAGGCGGGAGUGCGAUGCGGGGCAGGGGACGGGGAGGUAGGGGCGGUAUGGUGUCGCGAGAUAGGGAGCUGAUCGGGCAAACGAUAAAGAUAACGGGCGGGCCGUACAAAGGAAACGUGGGCAUCGUGAAGGAUGCCACGGGGAGCACGGCGCGAGUGGAGCUGCAUUCUACGUGUCAGACGAUAUCUGUGGACCGCGGCCAUAUUGCGGCGGCGGCGGGAGGCGGGGCGGCUCGAGGCGGAGCUUCCAGCUAUGGACGCACUCCAAUGCGUGCGACUGGUUCCCACACGCCCACGUACCGCGACACUGGAAUCAAAACCCCCAUGCACGGUUCCGCGACCCCGAUCUACGAGGCCGGAAACAGAACACCUCACUAUGGCUCCAGUACUCCAGCACAUGAGGGUGGCAGAACUCCUGCUCACGGAGCUUGGGACCCUACUGCUGCCAACACUCCUGCAAGGACAGACUUCGACUAUGGGUUGGAUGAUGAGCCCCCGGCUACAUAUGAAGGAACUUCUUAUGCUCAGGGUCCCUUCACACCCCAGACCCCUGGUACCAUGUACGGUUCGGACCACACGUACAGUCCGUAUCGGCCCAGUCCUAGUCCCGGAGGGUAUACAGGAGGCUACCUCGGGACCCCUAGCCCCGGGGGUUACUCUCCCCGAUCCCCCUUCGCGGGAGGUUCUCCCACCCCAGACUGGCACGCGCCUGACCUGGAGGUGCGCGUGCGGGACUCUGCCGAGCUGGGAGGACAGACGGGGGCGUUGCGGGGGGUCAAUGGAGGGGUCUGCACGGUCUUCCUGCCGAGGGAAGAUCGCUCUGUUAGUCUACAAGCCGAGAUGCUGGAACCUGUCGUGCCUCAGAGUGGAGAUAAAGUUAAGGUGAUAGCUGGCGAGGACCGCGAGGCCAUCGGUCAGCUGAUCUCAAUAGAGAACCAGGAAGGUGUCGUCAAGUUUGGCACGGACGAUAUCAAGAUCAUGCAGCUGCGUCACCUGUGCAAGAUGGCGGCCCCCUAGACACACACACAGGGUUCCCAGUAGCCACACAUCUUUGACUCGCUCAUAUAAACCAUGAUGAGGGAUUUAUUCAUCCUUAAUUAUAAACUGUAUAGGAAAUUAAACACUAUAUUUGUAAUAAUACAAAUUCUAAAUAUUAUAAUGAAUUUUUCCGCGCCUAUUUCGCAUGGGAAUCUAUGUUGUGUUGCAUUAUUGUGUGUAGCUAGUGAAAUUACCGGGCAAAUGAGACUUAACAUCUUAUGUCUCUAGGAGACAAAGGGAAUUGUAGUGCCGCUCAGAAUAUUCGAGUUUUUCAAGAAUCCUGAGCGGCACUGCAUUGUGGUGGGCAGGACGUAUCAAUUACCAUCAGCUGAACGUCCUGCUCAUCUCGUCCCAUAUUGUCAUAAAAAGGAUAAUUUUACUCGUUAUUAAUAAUUUGUUAUUUUCAUAACAACUCUUUGAUUUUAAAGCUAAGAUCUAUAAAGAGUACCUAGACUGUACUUAGUAAACGGUAAAACUUGGCUGAGUGUGAUAAAAUGCGAAAUUCACUUUUGCAUUGGGCUGCUUUAACUUAAGCUAAGCAAGAAUUUCAGAUGUCAGAUGACAAAAAGAGCGUAAUUAAAGAUAGUGCUAAGCUGAAACUCACUUUACGUAAGAAAAGUCUGAGCAAAGUCUAUGUACUAAGUAGAUCUCAGCUUAACAGUUAGCGCCUUUUAAUUUCUAAUCUAAUCUGUUAAUCGUUUCAUUUAAAAUGUAUUCUGGUUUUGGCUGGAAUUUUCAGUAGGUUUCUUUUUUGUCUCUGCAUAUUGAAUUAAUAAUAUAAACACUGACAAUUUUUUAAUGUUAUUAGGUACCUCUUUUUAAUGACAAUAAGGUACGAAACGAGCUGGACGUUCAGUUGAUUGUACUUGACACGCCCUGCCCAUUGAAAUGCAGUGCCGCUUAGGAUUCUUGAAAAGCCCUUAUAAACAUUAUACGUAGCUCUUAUUAUUAUUAUAAGAAACCAAAUAACUAACGAUUCAAUAUGAUUUCAAUGAAUAAAGAUAUUUUGACUUUAACCCAAUCGUUCUGAGCGACACUACUGACAGAACUGUGGUCGUCAACUUGAGACAUAAGAUAUUGUCUCUCGUCGAUGUCGUCUCAUUUGCCCCGUAAUUUCACUAGCUACGGCGCCCUUCAGACCGAAACACAUUAAUGCUUACACAUUACCGUUUCACGGCAGAAAUGGCGCCGUUGGGGUACCCAUAAUCUAGCCGGCAUCCUGUGCAAAGGAGCCUCCCACUGGGAAAAACCUAGUGGUAACCCUAUACUCCAGAUGUGACUCAUUAUCUAAGUAUGACCAGAACAUGAGAGUUAGCUUAUAAUAAAUAUAUCAUUUUACUGUGUUAGGUUUUUAAAAAUGUCUAGUUAAUUAAUUAGAUAUAUAUUUUUAAGGAUGGAAGUUAUGACAAAUAUUAAUUAUUAUUAAUUAGGUACAUACAGAGGACCUGAUAAAUGUAAUAAAGCUAGAAGCACAUUGAGUUGAUAAUGUCUUAAGAGUGUAUUUAAUAUACAAUUUCACAAGGA